AUGUCUCAAGUGUUCACGUUAUUUUCUUUACUGUUAGAUUGGCGUUCAAGAGUCGAACUGAUUCAAGAUUUCGAGUUUCCAGAGGCUUCUAUUCGAGUAAAAACCACUAGAGAUGGACGUUUUGUAAUGGCCACAGGCGUUUAUAAACCUCAAAUUCGAGUAUUCGAAUACGCCGAAAUGUCGAUGAAAUUUGAUCGUCAUACAGACUCAGAAAACAUCAAUUUUGUGACAUUAUCAGACGAUUGGACAAAAUCGGUGUUACUACAAAAUGACAGAACGAUUGAAUUCCAUACACAAGGUGGUAUAUAUUAUAAAACAAGAAUACCAAAGUUUGGCAGGGACUUGGCUUAUCAUUAUCCCACAUGCGAUCUUUUAAUUACUGCUGCAUCAUAUGAAGUAUAUCGGCUAAAUUUAAAUCAAGGUCGAUUUUUAAACCCUAUAUCUACUGAUGCCACAUCCGGUGUCAAUGUUUGUGUAAUAAAUCCGGCUCAUCAACUUUUUGGGUUUGGAACGCAAGAUGGCGUCGUAGAAUUUUGGGAUCCUCGAUCACGGUCGCGUGUUGGAUUACUAUCGCCUUCUUUUCCUAUAGACGAAUCUAAUGUCCAAGAAUUUCAAAUUACCGCGAUGUCAUAUAGAAAUGAUGGACUUUCCUUGGCAGUAGGAACUUCAACAGGCCAUAUAUUGCUAUAUGAUUUAAGAAAUUCAUCACCAUGGCUUGUUAAAGAUCAUCAAUAUGGAUAUCCGAUAAAAAAUAUAAACUGGUAUGAUAAUACCACAGGUGACGGAGGUCGAGGAAAAGUUAUUAGCGCUGACAGCAAAAUAAUGAAGAUAUGGGAUCGAGAAAACGGUGCUAAUUUUACCUCAGUGGAGCCUAACACGGAUAUCAACGAUGUGUGUAUUGUACCCGAUUCAGGAUUGAUUUUUAUUGCCAACGAGGGUAUACAAAUUGGUGCAUAUUACAUACCUUCAUUGGGCCCUGCACCAAGAUGGUGUUCGUUUUUGGAUAACUUAACAGAAGAAAUGGAAGAAAAUCCACAACCAAAUAUUUAUGAUGAUUAUAAGUUUGUUACAAGGAAAGAAUUGUCAAGUCUUGGUAUGGAUCAUUUGAUUGGAACCAACGUCAUGAAACCGUAUAUGCAUGGAUUUUUCGUUGAUUUGCGGUUAUACGAACAAGCAAAACUUAUAUCGAAUCCAUUCGCUUAUGCGGAAUAUCGAGAAAGAGUUAUUAAAGAGAAAUUAGAAGCGAAGCGCGAAUCACGUAUACGCGUUACUAAAAAGUUGCCUAAAGUUAACAAGGAGUUAGCAAGUCGAUUACUACAUUCAUCAGAUAAAAAGAAAAAAGGAAGCCAGGGAAUGACAAAUAUUCUCCAAGACGAAAGAUUUACCGAGCUAUUCACCAACCCAGAAUAUGAAGUUGACAAGGAUUCUAUAGCAUACCAAUUGACGCAUCCUAGUGGUUUCACAGAAAAGGCUACAAGAAAAGAGCAUGACGAUGAAGAUGAAGAUGAUGACAAUGAUAAUGGGAGCAAUAAGUCUGAUGAUGGACAAAGCGAUGAAACCACGCGAUCCGAAUUUGAAACUGAUAGUGACGAUGGUACUAUGUUAUUUUCCGAAAAAUAUAGCCGUUCUCAAUAUAAUCACACAAUCAGGCACAUAGCACCCGCUGUAGUCACACUUGUUAUUGUCUAUAGUCCCGUUAAUUUCUUUGAUUAUAGCUAUCUUAUAUCUCAAAUAUACAAGAAAAAAGGAUUAAAAUCUGCAAAAAAGAUGAAAAAGAUUGAUGAAGAUCCUAUUCGUUCCGUCAGACUAACACAAUCAAAUCGCCAAGAAAAGCGUCACCCAAAAAUGGUUGCGAUGAAAACUAGACGCAUAUCGCACGCCGAUGAGCCAUUUAUAAACAGGAAUCAAACUACAAUGGGCAAUAUGGAAAUGUCAUUUAUGAUUAAUAAUAAACCGAGAGAGAAUAAAAAGUCUAUUGACAAAGAUUCCCAUAGGACUCGAUUGCGCAAUAGGAGGCCAGCUAGCAAGAACGUUUUCAGAGGGCUUUGA